GUUCAUCGCUGUGUCCAUACCUCUGAAUUACAACCGUAAGCACGUGGACCAGCGUCAGCUCGUGCUGCUGUCGGCCACGUGGCUGCUGGCCCUGGCUGUGGCCUCACCCGUCAUGUUCGGCAUCAACAACGUGCCCGACCGCGACCCCAGCGAGUGCAAACUGGAGGACAACAACUAUGUUGUUUAUUCCUCCGUCUGCUCCUUCUUCAUCCCCUGUCCCAUCAUGCUCCUGCUCUACUUUGGGGUUUUCCGCGGGCUGCAGCACUGGGAGGAGGCUCGUAGAGCCAAACUACGCAGCAGCAUCGAGGCCUGCAGGAAGCUGCAGCACGCCGCCGUCGCCACCGCCCUCCCCCCGCUGACGGGCACCAUCCCCGGACCUCUGCCCAUGCCGCUGCCCAGGAUCAUCGAGAGGGACUUGGCCCAGUCUCGGCUGGACGAUACAGACGACUACAUAAAGCGGGAGAUCCCUUAUCCUCGGCAGUACAGAGAGAACUCGGUUCCCACGGUGACGUUCAGCCAACUGCAGCGGAGGAGGCAGAGAGCCAAGAUCAACAGCCGGGAGAGGAAGGCCAUGAGGGUGCUGCCUGUGGUCGUAGGUUGUUUCCUGUUCUGCUGGACGCCGUUCUUCGUCGUCCACACAACACGAGCUUUGUGUUUGACGUGCGCCAUCCCGCCCGGUCUGAUGAGCACCGUCACCUGGCUGGGCUACGUCAACAGUGCCCUCAACCCCAUCAUCUACACCGUCUUCAACACAGAGUUCAGGAAAUUCUUCAAGAAAUGUUUCCGCAGCUGCUGCUGGCUGCAGCGUUCACUGAGGCGCUGAGAUAAAGGAAGGAUACGAGCGAUGAGGACGUCAGGAACAGAAGGUGUUCAGCUCG